AUGCAACCUCCGGAGCAGCCUGCCAGUUCAGCGCCGGCUUCCAGUGCUGCAGUGAGGCGGCUGCGGAAAGACUUGGAAGCCUUGCAAGCCUCCGGCAACCCUCAGCUUCUGGUGCGUCCCUCGGAGGAGAGUCUGCUGGAAUGGCACUUUGUUCUUCAUUCCCUUCCGGCUGAUACUCCAUACAGCCAGGGCUGCUAUCACGGCAAGAUUCUCUUUCCAAGCACCUACCCGCAUGCUCCACCGGCGAUCAUGAUGAUCACUCCGAGUGGGAGACUCGAGACGGGGAAGCGGCUUUGUCUAAGCAUGACGGACUUCCACCCAGAGAGUUGGAAUCCGGCCUGGUCGGUGGAAACCAUCCUCGUCGGUCUUUUGUCUUUCUUUAUCUCCAGCGAGAGGGGCUACGGCGCGGUACAGGCGCCGGAAGAACAACGCCGCAAGCUUGCCGCCGAGUCCUGGCAAGUGAAUGCCGCCUCCUCCACCUUUGCCGCCCUGUUCCCAGAGUUUCGAGAGAAACCCGCAGUCUCGGUCUCGGUGUCGGUGCUCGAGGACCAAAACGAGGUCGCCGGGGAGGCCCAGGCUGGGCAGGGGUCUUCGGAGCAGAGCCAGCAGAGCUCUCAGGCUGGCCAGGUCAGUUCUCGAGAUUUGGAAGCUGCAGUAGACGAUGAGCCUACGGAAUGUUGGAUUUGUCGUGACACGACAGAUGAGCCUUUGAUUCAGCCAUGCCUUUGCCGUGGUUCUAUGAGCGGUGUUCAUGCCAGCUGCGUCGAAGAGUGGAUCCGACACCAUCGUCGGACUGCCACCAACGAUGCACCUCCAAUGUGCUCUGUCUGUCACCAGCCAUAUCAUGGCUCCGAAAGGAUACCAGGCGUGCGGGACUUUGUCAGACACAAGUGCCGCGAUUUCGGAACGCAGUGCUGCAGAACGCUCUUGCUGGUGCUUCUGCUCAUGACGUACCAGGUGAGUGCUUUGAACAGCAGCAGCUUGCAUUUGUCACUGCCCCUGCGCAUCCUGGGCAUCUCUGCCUUCGCUGUUCUGGCUCUCUACCGGUUGAUGGUGCUCUUGGUUUCGCUGCCUCCGUAUCGUCUGCCGCCGGAGAAUCGGUUCCUGCUGCGAUUUUUCAUCUCCGAGCCGAAGCUGCUCGCCUUGCACAUCGCUGAGGCUGCUGCCACCAUCACAGUGAUGGCCUUCUGGUGCAUCUCCGGGUUCAUGUCUUGGAUAUACUUUGCUCCAUUCGCUGGUGCUACGCUGAUACUCAUGGCGAAGUUGUUCUGCAGGCAGCCUUCUGCCGACUGCGUGGGCCGUUGCGGGCGUAUUCUGCUAUGUAUUUUGGUGUCACCUGUCGUGCUUGUCGGGGCAGUCAUUAUGCUGAUCAGGAAAUACCCGCACAUGGUGUUUCAUCCUCUCGGUCCGGGGCCGCACCUGCUCGUGGCCAUCGCAGUGGUUCCAAUGGCCUUGACUCUUCAGUCCAACCUACCUCUGCUGAUCUUGUGGGGGACCCAUAGCCUUGGGCUGACGCUGGGCCUCCUGGAGCUCUUCGCCAUCAAGCGUUUUCGCUGGAAGCGUGGUGUGGCUUGGGGAUUUGUGGUGCAGGCCACUCUGCUGGCUUGCUACGUGGCAGAUACUGCAAGCAAGAGCCGCCAUAUCCUGCUGCAGAUACAGGUGGUGGUAGGGGCUCCUCUUGCUUGGUCGUUGAACUUGCAGGAGUCGGAGUUCAUUUGGAAAGCUUUCCUUGAGCCGUGUCUCCACUCUGAGCCAUCUUCCGGAGACGUCGAAGGCAUGAUCUCCACCGAGACGAGCAAAUGCGGCCUCACAGGCCAGAUGCCUGCGUCCACCAAGCCACACCUCUUCGUCUUCGGCGGACACAGCGGCAAGGGUAUGCUGAUGGCGACAGAGAUAGCCGUGAGCGACAGGACUUGUGCGAUCACAACUAUAUCGAAGCGUGGCAAACCUGCGGCACCCGGUCCUGCAUCUGCAUUUGCGCAGGCGAUGGCUGCCUCUUCGGUGCAUUACAUGGCUGCCUGUGACGAAAAGGACGUGAAGGCAGUUGAGUGCCUCAUGGACUGGAUGCCACCUUCUCGUCAGCCUUUGCCGGAAGCGCGCUUCGACGUGAACGAGGUAAUGGAAGCUGUCAAGAAGGAGAUCGAGGGCAUGAACGAGCAGCAGCUCACCAGAGCGCUGGAGACUCUCCAAGGGCUGAAGAACGCAUCGCAGAAGAACCAAAGGCAGAUCAAAGCUCGCCUAGAGCACAAAGACAACUGCAGCCCCGAGGAGAAGACGCGCCUGCAGGACAUGCGCUUGGAUUUGCAAGAAAAAGAAGCUGCGUUCCUGGAGCUCAUUGCGGACCUGCAGCAAAAGAAAGGUGAGGAACAGAAGGCAUUGCCAAACAGUUCCGAACAGGAAGUGUGCCACGUUGAGACCCUGCUGAAGCAAAUGGAGAAGGCCUGGGAAGUCGUCUGCAAUGUGGUUUCCAACGCACUUGCCUGUGUACCCGCGUUCGGCGCAGCAGAAGCAGCUCUCAGCGGGAGUUUCAUGUCACCAUGCCUGCUCGAAAUCGAUCUCGUGAAGUAUAAGGUUCGCAACGAUGAUCCCGAGGAUCUUGUGAAUCAACUAUGGCAAGGUCCUGAUACCGCCGCCACUUUGCCUUUGACUUUGGUUCGCAGUUCGAACUCUGGAGCAGGUGAUCGGCUGCUUUUUGAGCCUUGCGGACAUCCGAAUGACCACGGCAGCAUCUGCAAAGCAGAUCCCGAAGCCUGGGCUGUCCUCAGGUUGCCUUCGGUCGGACACCAGGCCAAAGACUGGAGCUGGCCGGCGCGUUCCAUCCUUGCACAACGUAAGCUGGAAACGCUGCAGAUUGGCUCUUGCCCUCGAGAGGGCUCGAAGCUGGACCAGCUUCUCUUGCGCUGCAAGGAUCUGUGGCAUGCUGCCAGCAUUCUCGUAGACGCGGGAUACGGAGUUGGCCCUGCUGACAUGAUGGACGCCCCGGCAGGUUUGGAGGGAGAUGGAGUCUGGGCACUCGUUGACGAAGGAGGGCGGCCUCCUUCACUCCGCGACUUGAAGCUGGAGGGGGCAGAUGUCCGGCUUCAGGUGCAGACGAGUUCCCACAUGGUCUUUGCAGAGGUGUCCUCAAGCCCAGAAGGGGGCAGGGCCGAGGCCAGCAGCGCCGGCAAACGAGCCACCGGGGGGCAUGAGGAGCCGGAGGUCACGAUAAGGCUCCAGGCCCCGCGGCUCGGUGAGGCAUCUGCCCGCCGCUGGGCCAAAGUUGCCACUUCCGGUGUGGUCUCGGCAAAGGAGCCGCUGAAGCGUUCAGCCCUGGCAAAGGUCGCACUGGAGCUCGUGGCCGCGGGUCCAUCAGACCUUCAUGGCUAUUGGAUUUUCACAGCAGGACUAUUUGUCAUGGUCGUGGCUCCGAGGAAGAGCUCGGGAUCCUGUUUCUGCAUGUCGGAUGUAGCUCUCGAGUCACUCUGCGGUAGAACGGCUCCCUUGGAGAGACGGUCUCUUUGCGACGCUGUGGCGGGGAAGGUCGACGAGACGUCGGGUGCUCUCACGGUUCUGUGCAGAUCCUGGGCUCCGGAGGCAGCCGGCUCCUGCUUCUAUGAUCCAGCGACGGGAACUGGCGGACGGAUCGAGGUUUUCGAGGAGGAUCGACUGGUGGUUCAUCGCCGCACAGACGGAAGUGAGCUUCGCUGGAAGAUUCUGAAGAUGGAAGCCAACCCCUUCCCAGCGGCAGGUACGUCGGAUGAGCCGGAGGAAGAUGCUGAUGAUGCGCCGGAAGAUUCCAAAGCUGAACCUUCCAGGAGAAGAGAUGCAAAGACUGCCAGACGCAGUGAUCAGGACACCUCGCAUUCGUUGCCGAGAUCGCGAUCAAGAGAGGAAACGAAAGAGAAGCAAAAAGCACGGGCAAAGAAGGCCAAAAACAUCGACAAGGAGCCAAAGGAGAGUGCAAAGGCGAAGGAGAAAGGACAGCAAAAGGAGAAGCAGGCUGUCCAGGAAAAGGAGGCCGUUACCGAACACCCAAAAGAGCGGGAGAAGCGAGUGAAGGAACGACGGGAGAGGGACUGCGAGCGCGAUCGGGAAAAGGCAAGGGACAGGCAGCAGACCGACCGAGACAGGGAGGAGUGGCGGGCGCGAGAGAGACAGAAAGCUCGGGAGCGCAUGCGGGAGGAGCGAGAAGCCGAAAGGAGCAGAGAAAGGGAUCGGGACAAGGAGAGGAAUCAUCGAGAUCGGCACAAGGAUAAGUCGCGCGAGCCUUCGCGAGACCGCGAGAAGCCGAGGAGACAGCUCGAGAGGAGCCAUGCUUUUGACAAGGCGGCCGCUCCGAAGUCAACGUCUAUCCCUGCUGGGCAAUCUUCUGCCUUGCCCGUGACUGCUACGAGCGCGACAUCGCUUUUGGCUGCUGCUGCUUACCAGGCCCGCAUCGAGCCGAGUCUGCCAAAUCCGGAAGUAGAGCACUUCCUGUCGCUCAACAGCGUGGAGCCGCAUGCCGCCGCCAAGCUCCGAUCCCUUCCGCGUGCUCUGCAGCGGUCGGUUCUGGAGCGUGGUUCGCUGAUGGGAGCGCGUGAUCCGUCGGCAGUGCUGAUCUCUCGUGUUCGUGACAUCAUGAUGUCAACGGCGCACGCGAUGCCAACCCUGCCGAUCGUGUCCGUGACGUUACCGAACGGACAGCAGGUGCACCCUGGCGUUGAGGCACUGAUCCUCCGCUUCGGCCUGGAUGCGCAGUGCGCGCAGCAACUCCGCCAGCUCCCUCUCCAGCUCCAGGCCGUGGCAGCCGAGCUGCCGGUGCACGAGGCGCGGAAUCCCUCCGCCUUCGUCAUGGCCCAGCUGCAGCUCCCACGGUUUAAGCAAGCUGCGGCAGCUGCCAAAGCAAUGCAAGGGCCGGCGACCCAGCUCUCAGCUCACUCUGCACCACAGCUGCGGAGCGUAGGCUUACGAAGCUCUGAGCUGGCCUGGCCGUUGGCCAUGGGGAAAGAUCCUGCGCUGGUCACGAUGGAGAGCCAACCCCUCACAGCCCGCCGGCUGAGCUGGGCUGACCAGAAUGCUUCGGAACUGGCCUCUACUAUACCGCAGGCACCAGAGCCCCCUCCCAUUGGCGACAUUGGUGAGGAAGAUGACGACGACGAGGAAGUCGAUAGGCCUGGUGUCAGGACCCUGGAGAUGGGCAUCCUGUUGCAGGGGUAUGCCUACCGGUCGUGGGUCGAGCUGCCCUCGAAUGGCCAACUCGUAGAGGUGGUGGGGCCUCUCCCGGCAGGGAUCGACAUUUUGGUCAAAGAUGAAGGUAGCCCUGAGCAUCCGGCGGCGCUGUGGAUAGAGGCAGAGCUCAAAGAUCUCGGCGUCUUCUACCACGGCCUUCUUGUCAGAAUCGCCGGCGGCGAGUUUGCGGAGGUGGUGGUCAAUCUCAAGGCCUGCGUCGUGGGUCCCAGGGAAGGGCGACUAUCGAGGAUUCACCACAACGUCGAGCUCAUAAGAGCUCUGGCGCCCGAGGUUAGAGCUGCAUCCGGAGAAGGAAUGUCGAAGCGCGAGGCAUUGCACCAACGCUGUACCCUCUCCUGGCAUGAUUUUCUGUGUCGACUCAGCGAUGGCGAAAUGGAUUCCGUGUUCGUGCUUUGUGGAUCGACGGCUGGUAAUCUGGGAGCAGUCUUGAGAUCCUGCACGUUGCUGGGCAUCUCUGCCCUCUGCAUCGUCGGUGGACCUUCACGUGCCUUGCUGGACAAAGCAUUUCGCUUUUCUAUGGUGGAGCAGAAGAGCCACUGGGAAGUCGCAGUCGUACCAGUUCCAGCCGACGUGAAUCCUUCAUGCGCCAUGACUGCGCUCAAACGCACGGGGACCAAGCUUGUGGGCUUAGUGGCCAAGGAUACGACGGAGAAACCGCUGUUCGAUCUGUGGGACCUGGACCUAACAAAAAACAGGCUGGCAUUCGUGUUCGGGUCGGACGAAGAAGAUGGCGAGGCAUUUGCUGAGGGAGUUGAGAAGAGUCUAGACAUGCUGGCUACUGUACCCAUGCGACGCUUUCCUGUAUCUCGGCACGAGCCUGCCAACCUUGCGAAGCCAAAGAUCGAAGCCUCUCCGGGACCAGCCGACACACUGAAUUUGUCAGUGACAGCAUCCAUUGUGGCAUACGAGCGAAGACGACAGCUCAGCACUUGGCGGUCAAAGCUUCGAGAUGUCCAUGGCCUCUCUGAAGGCAGUGUCUUCAGAAAAGCGGCGCAGUUGAUGGAGGAAGACGACGAAGACGAUGGCUGA